AAAUUUAUACAACAUUCAUAAGUGACAUUUUCGAGAUUUGUAAAUCGUCUUAACACACCAUCAUUGACGAUAACAAUUGUGCAAAAGACCCUUUAUAAUAAAACUAAAUUGCUGUAUUUAAAAUGACCUAAUCGAGUAUGCCUCAAAUUAAUAAUUGCAGGUUAUGGCGGAAAAUGAAGAUUUAGGUUUGGGUUCAGAAGAACAUUUAGAUUCUCUUGAUGAAAACGGUGUAAACGAUGAUGCUCUUUUAAAUGAUACUGAUAUUGAUGGUGCAGGUGGAGAUGACCCUGAAUUAGAGGCCAUAAAAGCUCGCGUUCGUGAAAUGGAAGAAGAAGCUGAGAAGCUGAAACAACUUCAAAGCGAAGUUGACAAACAAAUGAAUAUGGGCAGUCCUCCAGGCUUAACAAGUCCUUUAAAUAUGUCUAUAGAAGAAAAAAUGGAAGUAGAUAACAGAAGUAUAUAUGUUGGAAAUGUUGAUUAUGGUGCAACAGCUGAAGAAUUAGAGCAACAUUUUCAUGGUUGUGGCUCUAUUAACAGAGUGACCAUUUUAUGUAACAAAUAUGACGGUCAUCCUAAAGGAUUUGCAUAUAUUGAAUUUGGUGAUAGAGACUCGGUCCAAACAGCUAUGGCAAUGGAUGAAUCUAUCUUUAGGGGAAGACAGAUUAAGGUGAUGCCCAAACGAACAAAUCGACCUGGAUUGUCAACUACAAAUAGGCCUCCUCGUGGAAUGCGUUUUAGGGGUACAGGGAGAGGGAGUAUAAUACGAGGAGGUUAUUAUGCCGGUUUUAGGCCGACACGUCGACCGAGGGCGUAUCGUCGGGGAGGUUACUACGCACCAUAUUAACAGAUCCAUUGUCCGUCACACGUCGACAAGCAACAGUGCAGCAAUACAUUCGGUAAUUUUUCUCUCGAUGCCAAGUAAACAAAACAAAUAAGAAAACAGUAAAAAAAAAACAUACCAGGAAAGAAAAAAGCGAAACAGAUAAAAGAAAAACAAAAAAUCCAACCAAGUCAAUCCGUUUUCCAUUUUACUGUCAGAAUAAGGCUUAAAAACAACUUUUACCAUAGUAUCAUGUUUAUAUAAUUAUUGUGAGUGUAUGUUUUGUGGAUGUAUGUGGCUGGCUAAAAAAGACUUUGACUGGGUUAUGAGUAAGUUGAAUAUCAGUGACAUACUUUGCUGACAAGUUUCGUAUUUAAUUUUUUUAUUCCUUCACCUCUAUAUUUGUAAAUUAAUCAUGUUGAUGUAGAAGUUGCAGGUACCGACGUCCUGUGCUUAUUCAAGGGUCCGUUUUUUCUUAAAAAAAAAAUGUAUACUUUUGACAACAAAAAGAUGUAAGAUUAGUAAUAUAAAUUCAACAUCUCUGUA